AUAUACUAUAAUUUGGAAUACGUAAAGGAACAAGUUCCGAUAAACUACAGUUGAACUUCCCUAACUCAAAUCACAAUAAUCCACAAAAACACUUCGAGUUAUAGAGGAUUUCAUUAAAACUUAAAAUUUUACAAAAAGAUGUUAUGGAAGGAAAUUUGGCUUCUAAACGCUAUUACCAGUUCAAGAGUUGAGUUAUGGAGAUCUUUGACUUGCAGUAAUUCGAGUUAUGGAAGUUCCACUGCAUAUACAUUUUUGCUUUUAUGCUGCGGUGGUUUUGAACCCUCAUACAAAAGAAAAAAUAUUUGAGAAAGUGUUCGGUGAAGGAUUUAAAUUGUAAAGCAGUUUAUGAAAAUUUUUUUUUGGAUGUGGACUGAAAACUAUUUGUACGCACUAUAUAUCGUUAUAGUAAUUUCAAACUAAUAAAUAGUACGUAAAUCAUUACCUAAAUAGAACUUCAAAUAGAGAUCCGCAUACUUCAAGUCGCCACAAAUAUGAGACUCACCCUGUAAGAGUUCCCUUUUGAGAGUAUAAAAAAAUAAUAAUAAUAAGAUAAAGAAAAUAUUUCUUAUCAAUACGUGUCGAUACACAAAGUUUCAGUGAGCAUUUGCAUUAUCAUUCAUUAGCGUUCUCCCAACAACCUCAGCAACAAUGUGUAGUAGUCGUUAGGCGCGCAAGCCUACUGUGUAUAUGUGUGUGUGUGUGUGUGUCUAUGACGAUCACACGGUAAUGUGAUAUCACUGUCGUUCACUCCCAGAAGGGCGUCUUAAGUAGCGGCACUAGAAAUCGUUUGUAAUCAGUUUAAGACCGGCAUUUGUAGCGUAGCAAUUGUAGAAAUUACUGCGGACAAUCGUGAAAAUCUAAACAAAUAUUUAUAUUAACUCAAAGUGUUGGCUGUUUGCGCUUAUGUGUAGUAACAUAUUUGAUCAAGACAAAUAGUGAAAUAAAGUCUUAUUUGAACUGCUUUAAAUUAAAUUCACACAAUUAGACAUAAUUGCAAUGGUUUCCAAACAAACCCACUUCUCGUUGUGGACAUUGCUGGUGGUCGCAUUGUUGGUAUUAAGCAUAACCAACGAAACGGAGUGCCGUCGCGUGAUAUUCUAUGCACCGCAGAACAUAAAAAUCUACACAUCACAGAUUUUAUCGGCGCGUGCGCAGGAAAAGCCCUGCAUAAAGUGUCAUAUGCGAGAUCAUCGUGGCGUUUGCCGGCGCGUACUAUCAUUCAACAGCAACGGUGUUAAAUGCUGAAAUAUUACUGUGUCAAAAUCGCCUCAUAUUAGGAAUCUCCACUUGUCAACAGCAAUGCCUGUAUGCUAAUGCAAUUGUUUGGUUUAUUAAGAUUGUUAAUUUAUUGUAGUUGUAGCUCAAACGCUCGUGCAGUAUUUCCUAACGAUUAUUUAUUCAAUGAUCGUUUAUUUUGUAAGUUAUUUUUUGUUAAUAUAAGAAUAAAGUAAACAACAUUAACAUAUUUCACAUGAUGACAUAAACAUAUGUACAUAUAUUUAACAUGAAUUGAUACUAUCUAUCUAGAUCUAAGAUAAUAAUAAAUUAAUUAAACAACUAAUUACAUAAAAUUA